AUGACCACUACUGCUAAAACUGAUGUUACAGCAACAGGGGCUCCGAAUGAAAUUCGUAUGAUUCUACUUGGUAGAACUGGAACAGGAAAGAGUGCAUUUGGCAAUACAAUACUUGGCCAAGAAAUAUUUGAUCAUGACUCUAACGGUGAUUCUGUUACAAAAGUCUGUGAACCUGGCACUCGGGAAUUUGAUGGUAAACGGCUUUUUGUUGUUGAUACGCCUGGUUUUCUCGAUACAUAUAUGCCUGAAGAACAACUGCAUACAGAAAUCUCCAAAUCAUAUCAAAUGACAGCUAGGCCAGGACCACAUGUGUUUUUUAUCGUCCUAGACCCGAUGGCGAGAUAUACACCGCAAGAAUAUGCGGCAUUCAGUUGUGUUACUGACAUAUUCGGCCCGAAAGUUGUAGAUUAUACGAUUAUUAUUUUUACUAACAGCGAUCGCCUUUCUCAAAAUGGAAAGACCAUAGACGAAUAUUUGAAAAAAUUAAAAGACGGCCCAGAACAUCCCUUAAAUAAGCUUCUUGAUAGAUUUAAAAGACGUUAUUUAGCAGUGAAUAACCGUGUAACACCACAAGAAAAAAAUAGUGUGGUAAAAACUUUGAUCCAUAUGAUAAAUGAACUGCUUGGUACACAUGGUGGUCAGGUAUAUACAAAUGAUGCAUUUGAGAAACUUGCUCACGCAAUUGAAACUGCAGUGUCUGAAGGAACUUACAAACCAUUUAACGCCGAUGGAUCUUUCGCUUUACUUCCUCAAACAAAAGCAAUAGUUAUCGAUGGUUAUAUAAAACGAAUGUCUAAUCGAAGGACAUAA